CCGGACCCCAGGGGGGCAGCGGGAACAGGAAGAGCAAACAUGGUAAAGGAAACUGGAUAUUACGACCUGCUUGGCGUAAGGCCCUCUGCGUCCUCAGAAGAGAUAAGGCGAGCGUUCAGACGCCUUGCAUUAAAGUAUCACCCUGACAAGAACCCCAGUGCUGGGGAAAAGUUUAAACAGAUCUCCAAAGCCUAUGAAAUUCUCCACGACUCGCAUAAAAGAGAACUGUACGACCGCGGCGGAGAGGAUGCCCUCACAGGCAACAGCACGGGGUGCAGGAGCGCCUUCGAUUCCCCAUUGGACAUAUUCAACCUGUUUUUUGGUGGCAGCACUAGAGUACACCAUCAGGCAGAGAGGAAAGGGAAGAGUGUAGCCCACCACCUUCCUGUGUCAUUGGAAGAUCUGUACAAUGGUGCAACAAGAAAACUGUCCCUACAGAAGAAUGCCAUCUGUGCGAAGUGCAAAGGCAGCGGUGCCAAACAGGGAUCCAUAACCAAGUGUCCCAAGUGCCAGGGGUGCGGCAUAGAGGUACAUUUACUGACCCACAUACCCGGGGUCAUGAGUCAGAUCCAGACCCCCUGCUCCGAAUGCAACGGGAAAGGCGAAUGUAUCCGAUUACGAGAUCGGUGCCAGGUCUGCAGCGGGAGGAAGAUUAUCCGAGAAAAGAAGAUCCUAACUGUGCACAUAGACAAAGGCAUGAAGAGUGGCCAGAAGAUCAUUUUCCAUGAAGAAGGAGACCAGGCUCCUGGCCUGCAACCAGGCGAUAUCAUUAUAGUCCUAGAUCAGAAAUCACACCCAGUCUUUCAGCGGAAAGGGCAUGACCUGGUCAUGAAAAUGGAGAUCCAGUUGGCCGACGCUCUUUGCGGAUGUAGGCAGAGUAUAAAGACACUGGAUGGCAGGACACUGUUGGUCACGUCACAGCCAGGUGAAGUGAUCAAGCCUGGGGACAUUAAAUGUAUUCCAAAGGAAGGGAUGCCUAUUUAUCGAAACCUAUAUGAGAAAGGAAGCUUGAUAAUACAGUUCCAGAUACAUUUCCCAGAAUCUGGUUGGCUGAAUGGAGAACACCUGACCCAGCUGCAAGGCUUGUUCCCUUCCCGAGAGGAGCCCAUCAUUACAGAGGAUAUGGAGGAGGUCAGCCUGGCAGAGUAUAACCCCUACGAGGACCAGAAACAACGAGGCAGACAGGAAGCCUAUGAGGAAGACGAGGCGGUGCCUUUGCAGCGAGUCCAAUGCCAAACCUCAUGAUCGCUGCUGUCCUGCUCCCUCUCUGCUCAGUUCAUUCCGGAAUCCGAGUGGGCGUUGCUUGUUUCUCCCCUCGUGCAGGGAGGCCAUGUUCUAGGGACCUUGGUCGGGGCACAAUUCCUUGCGUACUCUGCGCUCCAGCACCUUGUCUUCCUUAUUGCCGCAGUCCAUUGGGCCCCAGUUGAAAUGAGCCAAACUGUGCCGAUCUGCACGACGUGAAGUUGUGAAACUCCUGCUGAUAAAACGGUGCUACCUCCUCCGAAAUAUGAAAGUCUUAAUGUACAUUAUGUUUAUAGGAUGUAAUUAGGGGUAUAGCACAGGUAGGACUUCCAACCGUCUCACAACCUCAGUCAUAUUUACUUGCUGAUCUGCAGUCGACUCAAAGCCAAAGUUGGACGGGGCCGGCCAGUGACUUCUCAUCAGCAAAUCCACCCCCUAUAUCCUGUAAUGACACUGCUCAGGGUGUAGGAUACCCAAUUAGACCUGCCAUGUUAAUAUCGGUUACAGGGUACCGCAGGAGUCUCGGUGAUGCUCAGGUCUGGCUCCCAGACUCCAUCCAGCAGGCACCGGCCAUCGCUACAUGCAAAAGCCAUAGGGUCGCCACCAUGGAUAGUCUUUGGUUAUUGAGUUACUUCCUCAGUUAACUUUAUGGUAAUAAAAAAUGUUCGAGUUCUUUAAGACCC